AUGGUUCAACAAAGAAUAGACUCUAAAUUCAGUGAAUAUGGACUGCGGAAUCCAGAUAAUAACUCGCCCACUUGUGAUAAACAACCUCCAGUUGGUGCAAAGAAGACACCAUUGAGAGAUCUGCAGAACGAAAAUAGAAUUGUGCCCAACUCCACGGGAAGCUCCCCAUUUUCUAAAGAUAGAGGACCUGUUAUUGAUCCUAUUAAGUUUUCUGGUACUAAGAGACCAUCCCCUGAAUGCCCUGUGAGCCCCUCCCACUACCAAUCUCGAAGCAAUAGUGCUGCAAGUGGGCAUCUUGUCUAUGUCCGUAGAAAAUCUGAAGCAGAAUUAGGGAAAAGCGGUGCUUUUGAUGGUGACGGUAUAAGUAAUUGCCAACAGCUGACGCAAGUUGGUCAAAUGGAGGAAAUUAACCAAAAAAAAGCCCAAAUAAAGGAGCCAAAAGUUCCUUGUUUUCCAGCAUUUGCACCACUCCCAAUGGCUUCCUUGACUAGUUCAUCUGCAAAACCUUCAGUACUAUUACCUCUUGGAAAGUCUGCUAUGAGAUUAACAUCAUCAGAAUCCAAUCAACAUCCAGCUGUUUCUGCUACCUCUUUGUUAGAUGGUCCAAAAGGAAAUACAAAACUUCAUUGGGAAGAGCGGUAUUAUGAAUUGCAGAUGUUUUUGAAAAUGUUGGACCAAUCCAAUCAAGAGGAUUAUAUCCAGAUGCUUCGAUCUCUUUCUGCUGGUGAACUCAGCAGACAUGCUAUUGAGCUUGAAAAAAGAUCAAUUCAGCUCUCACUGGAGGAAGCAAAAGAGGUGCAGCGUGUUGGCAUUUUAAAUGUAUUGGGAAAAACUAUGAAGGUGGCUAAAGCACCCUCCUGUCAACCAGAUCAGUCCUACAAAUAAAUGGCAUCAAGUGCAAGGUAGUAGGUGUUGUAACCUAUCCAUCCAGAGCAGGCGCACAAACGUGCACACUUGUUCCUUCCGCCUAGUUUUUCUGCAGUGGUCACUUCUGUGCUCGCAUCUGGUAUUUACUGUAGUUUUCAACUUGGAAUAUCCUCUGUAUAUUUUUCCUACCAAAAGCUAUGGAACAGUAUCAAAUUCAAACACUACUGUCAUAUAUUGUUGAAAUGAUCCUUCAAUUUGCUGCUAUCAAGCCUAGUCUUCCCUGUUAAAUUGGCUU